AAUCCAAAUGAAAUCUCAAUUCUCGACAUUCUGGAGCUUGCUCAUAGUCUUCGUCAAGAAAAAUUGUCAAUAGAGACUGAAAUGAAUGACUACUUCCGAUUGCAAAUGAAAUUAAACGAAAAUUCAUUCGAAGCAAUAAAAAUCGCGUUUGUCUCGUCACUUCAUCGUCAGAAUCUGAACAGCCUAAUCUUAUCAAAGCCUGAGAAUCGACCUUCGCUUUGUUGUCAAAGAGCGAUGCUACUAGAAAAUGUGGAAUUUAUUGAAGCGUACAAAGAUCCAGCAGUGAAAUAUCAAAAUUUGCCACAAUACAUUGACCUCCUUCGUUUCAUUCAUCAAGCUCCACAUUUAUUGGCUCAUUGUCUCUCUGUCGCUGAUGAUCUUCCUAGCACAGGCGUCGGGUCAUCAAAGGCUGACCAAAUGAAUCAAAUCACGCAAAUCAUAUCAGCUGGCCUAUUACUUCAUGAAAAAGCUUGUGAUCCGAAAACAAUCAACGAGAUUCUCAUUGACAUGGUGUUUGGACAUUUCAUUUGUCCAGCAUGUGUCAGUCCUGAUUUGUAUGGAAUUUCUGAUGCGCCAAUAUCCGAGAAUGCGCGUUUUAAUUUGAUACAAAUUGGACAAAUUCUACAAAUGUUUGCUUUAGCAAAACAUCAAGAAAUUGACAAUAAAUUUGUUGAAUUAUUUCGAAGAUUCGACGACAAUAUCAUUUCAAAUCUCAUGGAACAAUUGCUCGAAAACACUUACGAUAUCAGUGAAAUGGGAUUGUCACAUCAAUUACCGACACUUUAUAACAUUGGACGAAGCAGCAUUUUAAUGACACAUGGAGAAGUCACACAACUUGUUCAAUUUCUAAAAGCGACAAUCAACAGCGAAGGCAUUUAUGUUGAAGAAAAGCGAAAAUUGAAAAUCAUUCUGGAUAAUUUACCAACUUUAAUUGAACCAGCAACAACGACACUUUCGGUAAGGAAUCUUAAUGGAAUUGUUGACAGUUCACCAAGUAAAAAGACUACAAAAUUAAUGCAACAACUUGGCAAGUCAAGUAAGAGUAAAAUGGCAAAGAAUCUCAGUGCUUCAUCAUUGAAUUCUGAAGAGAAUUUCGCUGGUGCAAACAUCUCUAACGGAAGCACAACAACAUCAUCACAAGACGAUAAUUUUGAUCGUGUUUUAAUUAUUCCAUUAUCGAUUUAUGAAAGCAAUAACAAAGUUCGGCCGCUUUCUGAAGAUGAAGUUUUGAACAUGAAUCAAGUUGCGGCAUGUAAUGAUCGACCAGAUGCGACUGGCACAUUAACAGAGAAGAAUGUUGAAGAGUUAAGUCGAAGGACUGAGAAAAAUGAAUUAAAUAAUAUUGAGACGAGUAAAGAGAAACGACCAAGUUUCUCAUUGAACCAAGAUGAUGUUUCGAUUGGAAAUGCUUCAGACAAUUUAGAACUUGAAGCUGUGAGUGAAGCGCCGAGCAAUCAUUCUGUAGCAAGUUCAUUAGAUUUAGAAGAAAACAAUGAUAACGACAACUUAUCAGACAUGGUUUCAGCGAAUGUUUCUGGCCGUGGAACGCCCAACAUUUCUGGUCGCGAUACGCCCUCAUCGCAAGUUAUUGAUGGUGGUGAAGUGCCACAAAUUCCCACACCACAAAUGGCAAAAAUUUUAAACAAAGCUAGAAAUGACAUUGAAGAUAAAUUUUGUAAGUUUGAAAUCAAAAAACUUCUCGAAGGUGAUGAAACAAUUUCGAUUAUUAGUGAUACAUGGAGCACAGAUGUUCUUGCGAGUGAUUCAGAGACAAUCGAAGCAAGUGAAAGGAAUUUUUCAACUCCUUUAAUUCCAUCAAAUAUUAUUCUUCCCGAUACGUUUCAACUUCGUGCACAUAAUUUUGAUAUGUCGGAGACACAAUCGGAAUCUGCAUGGUCGACUGAUGUUUUGAUAGCGAGUGAUUCAGAGAAGAACAAUGAGAUUGAUAAUGACGAUACGCAAAGUAUAACAACGCAAUCAGAUACAACGCCGAGAGAUCAAGAAGUGCCGAAUGUAAGUCAAACACCCGACUCGCCUUUUUAUGCACCGCCGCGUGUUCCUUACAUUCAUUUCCGGCCGAUUGAUCCAUCGAUUCUAACACCAAGAACACCAGAAAGUCCUUUUUCACUUCGAAGUGCUGACGACUCGCCAAGAUUGACUGAUGGUGGUGGAAGAUUUGUGGACUUUAUGCGACCACGUCCAAUGAACCGAGAAUUCGGUGCAGCGAUGAGAAAUAAUCAAAAUGGUUCUCCAUUUACUUCCAAUUUCAAUUAUCUUUCAACUCCACCACCUUCAUCAUCAUCUCUUCAACCACGUCCAUUACGACAACAUUCUAAUGAGAGUCAAUCGAGUACUGGAACAUUUGACGAACGAUCUGAGUCGAAGCACAAAUCACCAUCGCGAGAUAAGAAAAUAUUGAAAGAGUUUAUUGAACAACAACAACCGUUGAGUGUUUUUCGUGUCACUGAUCCAAAUCUUGAGAAUUUUACGAAUGAAGGAGAGACGGGAAGUAAUCGCGUGAUUAAGACGAGUUUGAAUCUAAUAAAUCCAUUUGCGACGAGUAUGAGUGGACGAGCUGUUCAAGUGCACGAUUUGGAAUCGAAGCCUUUAAUUGAAGAUCUUGAAGAUGUUCAACAUCGAAGAUUAUCAGACGAGCAACGUUCGGUUAGUUACGAUUCAAGAAGAAAUGGAAUGAUUGACUUGUUGUCAUCUCCAAUAAUUCUUGAGACACCAAAUAAUCAAUUCAAUUCUUCAUUAACUGAUGAUGUUAAGAAUCAACAACAGCAGCAGUUGAUGAAAGCAAAUUCCAUUGAAGUUGAUGGCGAUUUAUGUGCGAAAGUGGAAGAAUUGAAGCUUAACGAACCAACACCAUCGACUGGUGCAAGUUCAAAGAUUCCAAAUGGAAAUGUUAGAAAUGGAAAGUCGACUGGUGCAAUACCGAAGAGCAUAAGUUUUGAUUCAACAGCUGAUAAAGCUGAGAGAAAUCAUCAUCGACGAUCUGAAAUGAAUAAACAUCAUCAAAAUCAUUCGACUGGGUUUUUAAGUAAGAUUCGACAAGGCUUUAAGAGUCGUCGCGGUAAAGGACGUCACAGUGUUGACGAAGCGCUUCAGAAUGAAUUAAUGUUGAAUGGAAGUCCUCACAGAUCGAUGAAUCUUGGAAAUGUUUUCAUUGAUCAUCAACAAGCUGAAACUUCUGACGAUAUUCUUGCUAAAUAUCGUCGCAAGCCAUCGUCAUCGUCCGACGCAGCGACUUCUGAUUCAACAGGAAGCAACAAUUCAAGUUCAUUGAAAAGCAAAAGUUCGGAUAAUGAGAAUCGAUUAAGUCAAGCACAUCAUGUUGGCGAAACUGAUUACUUCUUAAAUGCGAAACGAAAGUUACGACUUGUCUUGUCUACAAGCGAUUGUCAUGCUUGUGAUGUUAGAAAUAACAGCGCAUCGAAAUUGUCACCAUUGCUUAGUUAUCUUCAAAUACAAUUAGCACAAGCAAUGAAUCAACAAAAUCUUCAACAAGUCUCUUAUGUUUCCGAACUUUUACGAUGCUUAAAUUCAUUGAGUAGCGUUGAACAUUAUAAGUUGAUUGAAGAACUUCAGAAAGAUCUACAAAAUCGUCAAAGUUACUUGCAAUAUCUCGUUCGACUAAGACAAGAUCUUUUGUCGACAAUUGCAACAAUUGAUAACUUUCAAAAGCGAUUACUUAACGAUCGUGACAUGUGCAAUAGACAUUUGGUGAUGGUUUGUGUCAGGAUGUUCCUAGAAAAACGUGAAUCAAUGAUAAAUUGUUUCCAAGACGAGUUCAGUAAAAAACCAGCAGCUGACGAGAAACUUGAGUUAAUGGAAGAAUUAAUUGGAACAUUGAUGCAAGAUUUAAAGAACGACACAGUUGUUCAAGGCAUGGCAGAAUGGCAGCUUUUUGAAGCGAGGAAUUGUAUUGAAAGAAUUCUUUUACAAAGACUUUAUCACCAAGUGAUGUUUCCAAAUGAUGAUGUCGACAUUUCAAAUGAUCGACUUCUACAUAAUUGUAUUAAAAAAUUGGGACGAUUUAUUACGCCAUCACAUGCCGGCUUAAGAAUUCCACAUCGUUACUUGAACGAAGCUCCAUGGCCUUUCGCACAACAACAAAUUUCUUAUAUUUCUGCUUAUAAAACACCACAAGAGAAGGUGCAAUGUGUUAUAAGAUGUAUUCAAUCAAUCAUGUAUUUGUUAAAAAUGGCAUCGAAUCAACAACCAGCGGCUGACGAUUUAGUUCCUGUUUUGAUUUAUGUCAUUAUUAAGGCUAAUCCUCCGUACUUACAAUCAACGAUCAACUAUGUUGAAUGUUUCAUCGGUGGAAAGUUAGAAGGCGAAGAGCUUUAUUGGUGGACACAAUUUUCAUCAGCAAUACAAUUCAUUAAAACAAUGAUUGAAAGAAUGGAGAAAACAGGACAAGAGAGUUAGAUGGAAAAUCGAAUAACUUUUGUGUUUUUAACGUUGUUGGUGCUGUGCGCUUCACUUUGUAGUGGAAAUAUUGAAAAUGAAAUAAGAAAAUUGGAUUUUACGCUUAAUCCUGGUUGUCAGGAGCAGCUUGAUUCGCGUUGUGAUGAUAUAACUUUUCUUCAUAUAAAAGCUGAAGCUGAAAACGACACGAUUCAUUACAUUUGGGACUUUACUGGAUCACCAAGUCUUGCACUAGCAAAAACCGAUAAGAAUGUAACGCUUAACAUGGACUGGGAUAGUUUUCUAGCCGGUAGAACAUUUUCACUAAACUUUUCAUCGACACCCAGCUUCCUCUCUUUUAUUGUCAUAAAUAAAAUUUUUCUGUUCAACGAUCCCGAUGACAAAGCAAAUGUAAAUGAUGAAACGAUAAGAGACGUGACGCCAAUCGAUCCACACAAAUUUUCAUGGAAUAGAAUAAAUAUCACUGAAAACGACAAUCAAAUAACAUUACAAAUGAAUUCAACUGUUAGAGAUAAUGACACCGAAAGUUCUUUUGCUAUUAAGCUUUCUGUUUCUGGAUCAAGUGGUCAUGGGGAGGAACUUCCUCAUCUUUAUCACACAGCACAUUCCUCACAAAUUGACUUGAUAGCAAGCAACAUUAAUUUAUCUAACUACACAUCACCUCGUGUCGCUUUGGAACUUUUAUUUGUUUCGUUUGAAAAUAAAUCUGAAGGAGGAUUCAAGUUACAUAAAAGGAGAAAUUUGGAUGAUGAAUUCACGCCUGGAAUCUUUGAUGUCUUUGACAUAGUAUCACCUCAAUCAGUUCAACAGAAAAAUGGAGCAUUCUUCCAAUAUCGCCCGGUUUGCUAUACAACUCAAUGGCGUACAGUUUCAGAUUCAACAGAAUUGAAACAAGGAGACAUCGUCAGCUUUAAUAAUGACGAGGAGGAAAUUGAAAAGUUUAUUUACACGCUUCCUUACUCAUAUUACGGUUACACACUUGGUUCAAUCAUAGCUCAAGGUUCAAACAUCACUUUCGGAUUGACUGGCGAUGGUUUUUAUUCAAAAUCAAAUUACACUUCGUUCUCAUUGUUGAUGGGAAUGGGAACACCGCCAGUAGAGAAAUUGUCUGUUUUCGUCAUAACUUUUGCUGCAAUUGGCUUAGGCAUACCGUUAAUUGUGUUGCUUGUUGGUGGAAUUGUUGUUGCAAUUCGAAGGUAUAGAAAUUAAAAUGGUAGCACAAAUCUCAAGCAUAGUUAAAUUAUGAUGAACUGAGAGAUCUCCUAAUAUCAAAAUAAAUUAUGAAAAUCAACAUUCAGACAAAGACUAAAAACGAGUUGAACUUAGAAAUUAAUUUUGUACCUUAAAGUUUUUCACGAAUUUCUCAAACAUUUUGUUGAUCUUUAUUCUUGUUUUUGUUUUGAUUGAUAUCAAAUAAUAUAAGACAUCUUAUGAUGACAAUUUAUUCCUUUCUUUCAACAAUUUAAAUCAUUAAUUAUCAUAUAAAUGCCAUGGAAAUUGCUAAUGAAAAAUAUGCGGCUGUUGCUCAUGAUUGUAGAAUGUAAAUGAAUCAUGAAACUCAUAAAAAAUAUUUUGUUGACAUUUACACAUUCAAGUUAUGAUAAUAAAAAAAAAUAAAAUUA